GUCUGUGGGCCCGGGAGGGGAGCUGGGGCCCAGCCCAGGCGGCGGGAGAGAGGGCGAGUCGGAUUCAGGAAGUUGUGUCUCUGACAUCAGGGGCAGGACGGAGUUGGAGUGAAACCUCAAAAAAAUGCGAGGCGUGGCCCGCGGGAGGGCAGAGAACGCCGAGGGUGCCUUCCUCCAGGCAAGCGGCAGGUACGCGCGGCGCCCGGCCCCCGCUGACCCCUCCACUUGGCACCUGGCUCCGCGCGGGGGGCGGCCUUCCUCACCCCGACCUUGACCUCACCCGGGACCCCGCCGCUGUCAGACGGGCCGCGCGCGCGGGAGACGGAGACCCCCUUCCUCCCGGGCGCCUGCAAGAAGCCCUCGGGUGGACUGAAAGCUGCUGGUGUUGGUAUGCCCAAACCCAAAGCUGGAAGAGGAAUAAGUGACAAGUGGACAAGGCUGCCUCCUCUUGAGCCCAGGACUUGCUAGCGAGCUGAGAGCUUCCGCUGGCCCCAGUCUAGCCAAGCACCAUGGAGAAAAUCAGCUCCUUCUUCAACAUCAUUUGGGACACCAUCUUGACCAAACACCAAGAGGGCCUCUUCAACACCAUAUGCCUGGGCAUCCUUCUGGGGCUGCCAUUGCUCGUGGUCAUCACAUUCCUCUUCAUCUGUUGUCAUUGCUGCUGGAGCCGGUCAGGCAAGAAUGGCCAACCGCCAGACCGAAACAAGGGGAAAAAGAGGAAGAAGAAGAAGAAGAAGGCUGAAGAAGACCUCUGGAUCUCUGCGCAGCCCAAGCUUCUCCAGAUGGAAAAGAGGCCAUCACUGCCUGUCUAGUUAGGCAGGAAGCAGAGGCGUCUCCCUCGGGGACCAAGCCACCGGCUAACUACCACAGGCUAGAGAGCCCUGAUGUGAGGCUCUCAUGUCCACAGAGGAACUAACCAAGGGACAAAGCUGAGGCUGAGUGCCCCCACGGAGGACAGCCCGGGAAGAACUCUAGACAAUCCUUGGGUACUGUCAAGGCAGCUACGUGUCUAAUAGCAAUGCUCGUUGCCACUGACUCAGGCAUGCCUUCCACCUGUCUCCAGCAAGCUCCAGAUGCUAAAGCACAAAGAAUGUCCAGACAUUUUGACGUGUCUCUGAAAUGCGCACACAUGCACACACAUACACACAUGCACGCACAUUCCGGCAACGGGUACCUGGGCUAAUGUAUUCUGUUCAUCAAAUGGUCAUAGAAUAUCUACUUGGUGCAAAUACAUUAUCUGCUCUCCCAGAAAUGUCUCAUGGGAAGGCCCAGCCAGAUUCUAGCACACGUGCACAAUUAUAUAACCAGGAAGGUACCUCUGCACUGCCUACCCGUCUACCACUCAGGUCAGAGAUAUGUGCUUUCCUGUUCUUGUCCCUACAUAACCUUUUACUGGAAAUCCCUAUCUUCGGACAUUCCAGCAACCUGGUACAGUUCCCAUCCCUGUAUAUUGAUACAGACACGCCCAGUUCCCAUGUUUCCCAUCUGGGAGGCAAAGUUCAAAGUGAGAAGGAUCUAAAUUCAUUGAAAGCUCCAUCUUGCAACCCAUGACAAGGUUCCCAUUUCCUUGUUGGGCAUCUGAUGUUGUCUAAGACCUCUCUUUGAGAUGCUACCCCCAGAACCACUCAGCAAGCUACCCUUCUCCAAGCACCAACAAACAGCUCUUGGUAGUGACUUUUAGAAUCCUCUGGAAACCAGGCAUACUCCACCCACUUCAGUGAACUCCAGCGGUGGACCUGGGCAGUGUCUUUUUUACAGAUGGGGAAGGAAUGCUCCACCUGAGUUAGGGAUCUCCUGUGUAACCAAAGCAGGGAAGAAAUUAAGACAAUUUCUGGUGCAGUCUCCCAGAAGGCACACUGCAAUCAUGUUUGUAAAGUUGUAAUGGAUGCGUGGUAUGCUGCCAAAGGGAUACGGAAGUUACAGAGUGUCACUGAAGGUAGAAUGAAGCUGUGUCAAGGUUUAUGCUUAUUUAUCUCGAAGCUCAGGCAUGUGCCUUGCACACAGUAGGUACUUAGAACUGUCUGUGGUUGCUGUUGGAUAUGCAAUGAUGUUAAGGGUAAACGCAUAAUGCCUUACCAAUCCCCCCAAGUGACCUUCUUUUCUGAGCCCACUAAUUGCUGCAAAGGAUGGGAGGUGGGCAUUGAAUGCUCCCCAGAGGCCGCCUACAGAACCAACAGCCAGGUUGACGUGGGUGCCCUGAGCCCCAUGAUGACAGGUAGACGAGGUCCACAGGGAGUAGCGGGCUGAGGUUGGGAGGCCGAGUUAAUUCACUCAUAGGACAAACUGGUUGGUAUUUUGAUUGUACUGUGACCAUAUUACAAAGGCAGAGACUUCCCAAAUUGGGAGCAGGUUGUGCUCUGAAAGGUCACUUGCAAAUCUGCUGGGUAGCUCUCUUGAAAUAUUUCCCCACGAAGGCUGUUCUGCUUGACAGUAAAAUUGCAAUUUAAUGAACAAUGUUAGCUAAACUUCGAUAGCUGUUCUGCAAGAUUGGGUUCGUGGACAAAUGUGUGCUCUUGGCUCCCUGGGGCUCCCCGGUGCUCACGUGCCCUCCAGAUAGACUCCAGGCCAGAGGAGGGCAGGUGUCUGGUGGUGACCGCUGCACCAAGGUCUUCUAACAAGCGACCCUGUGAGUCAUAAUUCUGGCCCUCAUGUGUUUUAGAACCAGUCACAUCCACCUUCCAGCACCAAGGGGUCCCAAAUGCCCUGACUUCUUAACCCCUUUGAGCAGAGAAAGAAGCACUCUCUACUUCUCUGUCCACUUGUACAUGGGCAGCCUGUCAGGGAGCAUCUAGCCGUCCCCUUCCCAUCAUCCCUUACCAAAUGCCUGUGCCUCCCCAUGCCGGCCACUGCCCACUGGGAGCAGCUGCCCUCCCUGCCUCCAACUCUCAAGCCCCAUAAGAUGGAUGAGUUGGGGGAGAUGCAGCACUGAUGGCCAAGGCUGUGUGUCAGAUGUGAUCUAGGAGAGAGGAUCGCUCCGAUCGGAGGACCACACAAGGAACAUGGUUGCCAUGGCAACUAGCUGCUAGUUUGAAUUAAGACGGCAGUCGGUUGUCAUUGCCUUGACAAGGCCUCUGUCUCCAGGUGCAGUGCCCUGCUGUUUCCUAAUCAAAUGGAUUUGAACUACCUCCAGGCGCGAAACACCCAGAAACCGUCCUCUGUUGCUUCCAUAGCCUCGGACUCAGGAGACUCAGAUGCUGCUGAACGAGGCUUAGGUUUUCUCCUCCCCAGUCUCUCCUGACAACCUCCACCAGGGACCCUCCAACAACACCCGGGGUACCCUAGGCCCCCAAACUUCUUUUGAAUGCAUGGGUCCAUGCAAGGAACCCAAAGCAGUCAUCGGAGCCAUUCCCCAUUCUUCCCGCCCAUCUUCGUCGUUCUCUCCUGUGUUUUCUUCUUCUCUCAUUCCUGCUUCUCCCAGCACCCCCAUCCCAGGUCCAGCCCUUUCUUUAUUCCUCCUCACAUUUACUCCUUCUCCCCAGCCUCUUCCCCAGAGCUGCCACUGGCAGCCAGGGGCACCUUGGGACCAGAGCCUGCUUGGCCCAUCUCAAAGACUUUAAGCUAAUGGAGGCAAAAAGCAUGAUAAAGAAGAGGCUUCCUAAACCACCACGGGCUCGGGGAUCGGAACAGCUCCAGCCAAACUUGGCCACCACCAUCAGAGAUGGUCUUCUCCCCCACUGCUCAAUGUAUUUGCUUUUUUAUUUCUUGGGGGGAAGGGAUGGGGGAGGGGAAAAUGUAGAAAAAGGGUAGUCACCUUUUCAAGAAGAGUAUAAAUGGUCCAAGCUGUAUAGUAUUUGUCAGUAUUUUUUUUUUCCGGAAAAUUCAAAAACAUGCAAAAGAAAAAUUUAUUUAAAUAAAAGACUU